UCGUAUUUCAGUUGAUUUCAUUCAACACCCAAAACGUGUUGGUGGCUGGGAGCGCGCGUGUGUGCCUUAAGUCUUUCGUUUUUCUCUUAUAUGUAAAUACCAAGUACACAAUAUAAAUAAACAAAAUUAGCGUCGUUGCGCAAUUUUCAAUUGAAAGCUAUUUUAAAAGCACAACAAAAAAUUUAAUAAAUUAUUGAGAAAUUAAGUAAAAAGCAAACAUCAGAGGAUUUAAAGUUGUAUUUUGUUAAACGCAGACGGAAAUCCAUUAGUAAAAGUAUAAAUACAUAGUGCGUUUGCAUAAAGUUGAUUCAAAAAGUAUACAAAUAUAUAAAAGUAAAAAAAUUGCAGCUUUUUUCCUAAGCUUUAUAUCAGUAGAGGAAAUCCAAAAUAAUGAAGUCCUUCCUGAGCACAGUUUCACUUUUUAUUGUCAUUUUGGCCUUGACAAAUGCCGCCGAAGUAAGAAAGUGCCCGAAGUCGGAUGCACGACAAUUGAAUCCGGACGAAGUGACCAUGCCCCAGUGUCCUAAAAAUAAAUGCACACUCAAACGCAAUACAAUUGCUUCCAUUGCCAUAAAAAUUACACCAGAUCGUGACUUCACCGAACUCACUUCUGAUAUAAAGGGCAUUAUUUUGGAUGUACCGCUUCCAUUCCCUGGUUACUAUGGCACCAGCGCCUGCCCACAUAUCUAUGACGCAGAAGGCAAAGAGAAGGUGGGCUGUCCAUUGAAAGCCGGGGAAACUUACACCUACAAGAAUAGCUUCAAGAUUCUACCAAUUUAUCCACCCGUUAACUUGGUGAUACACUGGGGUAUGGGUGAUAAAAAUGGUGACGCUGUGUGUUUCGAAAUACCGGCCAAGAUAAAAACGUAAAUGUGACAAUGGACAAUGGAAUUGAAUUGAUAAUAUUACUUGCACAUUAUAAUAUUUCCUAAAAUGUUUUUUUGUGAUAAAUUUUUACUAAUUCAAUUCAAUAACUAAAUGAUGAGCUUUUCUGAAAAAAUAUUUUCGGAUUAUCUAAGCGGACCCAUGGUCUAGCUCUAGUGAAUUUAAGAAAUUUAUAAGAUUUUUGUUUUGAUUAUUUUAUUGACUUUCAUUAAAAAUAUUUAAAGAAAACAUGGAAACACCAAUUUUUAUAGAA